AUGUCACGGGAACAGGAAAGGGGCUUAGAUGUUCUCUUACGAUCGUUUGAGGGUCAGGUCAGCAGUCUGGAGGUGGAGACUGAUACAGACGAGGAACGUUUUUACACUACUAUCUGUCGUCUCAACAUUCAGGUUUACAAUUUCUUCAAGGCUCACGACCCCGUAUCUAGAGACUGCCUUUCUCGAAUAAUGACCACGUCUUGUGCCAUAGUGGAUUACUUGCAGAGCCUAGGCCAGAAAUUGUCAAGUCUAGGAACCGUGCCCACUCAAAUGCUCUUUGGUUUGAUGCUGGCUUCAACUUCCCUCCUGCGCAUACUCAAGGGCCCUGCAAUGGAUGGCUUGGAUAUUGAGAAAGCAAAAACGUCCUUCUUUGCGGCAAUCCAGUUAUCACGGCAGAUGUCAGUGGAUCAGCAUGAUACCGCAGCAAUGCUAGCCACGAUUAUGAACCAACUUUGGAAUAGCACGAGGGCAUUCCGUAGAUCUGAUAAUGGCGAGUAUACCGCUCUUCGGAUCCGCAGCCGGCUCGCCGCAAGCAUUGUCAUCGACGUGGUCUGGUGGUGGCGGGAGGAAUUCGACCCUCAGUGCCGCCAAACAGCCUCUUUGCAGGGAACGACAUCUGAUGGAGCUACUUACAGUCGUGACAACCUUGGGACCCUUGCCAGUGCGCCGAAUGGACUCAUGGACAAACAAGGCCCUGUACAUUUCGACGACCAGUUCAUUGCCGAUUUUGAAUGGGCAUUGGGAGAUGACGGAAUGUUUUCGUCAACAGAGCCAUUUGAUCUGGCAUGGCAAUCGUCUGGGGCCGCUUAA